AUUUUUUUGUUUUAUUUCAGGAAAAAAAUUGUAGAGAACAAUGGCUCGUACUAAGCAAACUGCCCGAAAAAAAACUGGUGGAAAAGCUCCACGUAAGCAGCUUGCAACAAAAGCUGCUCGUAAAUCUGCACCUUCAACUGGUGGCGUAAAGAAGCCAAAAAAAUACCGCCCUGGUACAGUAGCUUUGCGUGAAAUUCGUCGAAAAAAAAAGUCUACUGAAUUGCUGAUCCGAAAAUUGCCAUUUCAAAAAAAAGUGCGCGAAAUCGCCCAAGAUUUCAAAACUGAUUUACGAAAAAAAUCUGCCGCUAUUGGUGCUUUACAGGAAGCAUCUGAAGCAUAUUUAGUCGGCCUUUUUGAAGAUACCAACUUGUGCGCAAUUCAUGCCAAACGCGUAACUAAAAAAACGAAAGACAUUCAGUUGGCUCGCCGAAUCCGAGGAGAGAAAAAAAAAGGAUGA